UGUGCUUUUUUGAGGAUUCCACCUCUGCUUAUUAUGGAUAACAUCUUCAGAAUUAGUUUUGGGUUUCAAGAUAUUGAUGGUUGUUCGCAUUAGUUUUAUUCUUCCUACUUUAAUGAUUUUAAUACCAGGUACGCAUGGAAUUUUCAAUACAGUUAUCAUGUUGUUAUCAUCAUCGUUGCCAUUGUACAUUGUGAUGAAAACAAUUUGGUUAAAUAUAUUUACAAUAAUACAUUUAAUUUAUUAUGGAUAUACUCAUUUUCGAGAGACCAUCAAUAAUUUUGAAGUAAAUGAUUUUGUCGUAAUGGAGUGGUCACGUCUCAAUAUGCCAUUUGUUUUACGAUUAUUUUGGGCUAUACGAUUAUUGGAUCUAUUUAUAUUAUCCCUGCUAACUAAGGAAAUAAAACAUGAAACUUUAUUUGGAACUGUGAAAUAUUUGUUAGCUAAAGGGUGCGAUACAUUUACAGCAGUUUUAGGCAUGACAAGUUUUGUUUCAUACUUUUGCCAUUAUAUUGGUGCAUUCUUCCAAUGGGUGCUGUUGACUGAAGACGUGGAACAGGUGAACAUUGGGAGUCGUUCUGCAAUAUUAUUUUUUAUACUAGCUUUGCAAACUGGAUUAACAAUCUUAGAGCCAGAAGAACGCUUUAUACAACUCUGUCGAAAUAUCUGUUUUACUUGUGAUUUUCUACUAUUUUAUGUCCAUAGUUUGCUUAAUCCAUUAUUAAGCUCUUUGAGUGUUAAUCGUAAUAAUUCAAUAAAUAGGCAUUUAAGAGCUCUUUUUGUUUGCGGAUUUCUUAUAGUGUUUUCAACUAAUAUGUUGAGAUACUUUUGGUAUUGCCAUUUUGUUAAUAAUUGGCCAAUAGAAAUGUAUUUUUUCAAUAUUCAAAUUGUUGUCAAAGUAUUGGUGACUUUAGCUAUAUAUUCAUUACAUAUGAUUGAUGGCUAUCGCACAAGAAUUUGGGAGAAAUUGGACGAUUAUGAGUUUUAUAUCAAAUCAUUUGGUGAUGUGGUAAAUUUCUGUUUUGGCACAAUUAUUUUUCUGAGUGGAGUUUAUAAUGUGGCUUUUGAAUCUGGCAGUAUAUUCCGCGCACCCUGGAUGUGUAUACAUGCAUACUACUCCAUAUGGCGUAGCAUCAGGGAUGGAUGGAGAGUAUUUAUUAAGCGUCGUUUAGCUGUAAGAAGAGUUGAAUCGUUAGCUGACGCAACUAGUGUUCAACUGUCUGAGUUUGAUGACGUUUGUUCUAUAUGUCAGCAUAAUAUGGAUUCGGCAAAAAUUACCAAUUGCAAUCAUUAUUUCCACAGUAUAUGUCUGCGUAAAUGGCUUAAUUUAAAAGAUAACUGCCCAUUAUGUCAAGGUAUUUUAUACCAGUCAUAAAUGUCAAAUAUUUGUAGACACGGGAUAGAAAUCACUUUCAAGAACUUCAAAAUGCUAUUGAUGCUGAUAGAGCUUAAAUAUUCUGAAUUUAUUAGAUUUUAUCAUAAACUUAAAU